AUGCGGCAUAUUGGGUAUUGGAAAUUAUUGAGUCACUAUUGUUGUCAUUCAAUCACCUUUUUAAAGUUCAAUGAACCAAGAAACAAUCAUCAUCAGUUUCCACUCCCAAAACGAAAGAAACCCACAAGGAGAAUCGACUAUCUUUUUAGCAAUGGCCUCCAAAAAAGAUGGAAUAUUCAUGUUCUUGAAAUGAGAAUGCAAGUUUUUGUAUCAAGUUUUCUACUAUUGAUGCAAUUACCGAUCAUUUUCACCUCUCAAUUAUCACAUACAAAGCCUUGUGAAACAUAUAAUAUUCUCUAUUCGAGUGAUUUUGGUCUUUACUUAAACGGAGAAUUAGUAAAUAAAGAUUCGUUUUGCAAGUUUAUCAAGUUACACAAUGCAAAUCACUGCUUCAUUGGUAAAAACUUUGUGAAUCACUGCUUUGAGGAGGAUCUUUUUUCAGAUGAUUUGCCUGUGGAGGCUGGAAGGAGAGUCUUACGUGAAUUAGUGAUAAAAGAAACUAAAAAAUCGGUGUUUAGAACAAAAUAUAUGGCCAUGGGAGGAACAGGAAUGUUGUUUCUUUGUUGCAGUUUUAUUUGCCCUUGUUUUUGUCGAUCUAAAAGAAAAGAUACAGAUGAUGCUGCUCUUGUUAAGGAUUCAAAUUCACUGGAGAGUGCUCCAUCUGUAGAAAUGAAUUCGGUAUCCGGAAAGAUUCCCGCAAGUCCAUUGCGGGUCCCACCGAGCCCCGGUGAAGGGGGAUUUGGAACUGUUUAUAAAGCUCAACUACAAGAUGGUCAAUUUGUUGCUAUAAAAAGAGCAAGCAAGGAACAUUUUGAUGCUCUAAGAAGUGAAUUUAGAAGUGAGAUCGAGUUACUUGCAAAGAUUGAGCAUCGGAAUCUUGUGAAAUUGCUUGGUUAUGUUGAUAAAGGGAAUGAGCGUCUUAUUAUUACAGAAUACGUGUCUAAUGGGACACUUAGAGAACAUUUAGAUGCGGUUCAUGGAAGUUGCUUGGAUUUCAGUCAACGGCUUGAAAUUUCAAUCGAUAUUGCUCAUGGUUUAACCUACCUUCAUUUAUACGCAGAAAAACAAAUAAUCCACCGAGAUGUGAAAUCAUCGAACAUUCUUUUGAAUGAGAGGAUGCGGGCCAAAGUGGCGGAUUUCGGGUUUGCCCGACUUGGGGCAGCUGAAUCGGGCAAAACACAUGUUAUGACUAAAGUCAAAGGGACAGUCGGGUACCUUGACCCGGAAUAUAUGAGAACUUAUCAACUCACUCCAAAGAGCGAUGUCUACUCUUUCGGUGUUUUGCUUAUAGAAAUUCUUACAGGUCGUCGACCCGUUGAGUCUAAACGGGUACCCGAGGAAAAGGUCACAAUUAGAUGGGCGUUUGGGAAAUACAACAAAGGCGAAGCGAUGGACUUGGUGGACCCGCAAAUGAGGGAAGCCGUGGACGAGGAGAUUUUUGAGAAAAUGUUGAGUUUGGCGUUUCAAUGUGCGGCCCCCACACGAGCUGAUCGGCCAGACAUGAAGACGGUUGGAGAGCAGUUAUGGGCCAUUCGUAUGGACUAUCUUAGACAAGGAAGAAGAGGGUAAUCCAAAAGAUUUCAAGUUUCUUGUAUUGUAGAUUUCUAGCUUUGUAAAACUUAAAAUUUCUCUUCUCAUUUUAGAUUUGCUUCUUGUAAUGUUUUUUUUUUUUUUUUUUACCAAGAG